GACCAAAGUUUUGCCUUAAAAUGUUGGUUGUGCGUGGGAUCUUUGGAGAGUGAUUGUCUAUUGGGGAAAGAACGUGCUAUGGUCGUUCAAGAAUGCGGAGCUGCUUUAAGAAAUGUUACAACGGCUAAAAGCCCUUUAAACAUAAAACGAGAUUCUGAUGAUGAUGAUUCGGAGAUAAUUGUAACUUCAUGUGUAAGCUUUAUUAUAGAACAAUAUGGUUCGAAAAUGAUUGAAAGAAGUUGCUCGUUUUCUUAUGAAGGAGUCGAUGUUUGCGAUUAUAUCUCCGAAAUUGAAAAUGUUUUAAUGUGCGAUUCUUGUAAUGAAGAUAAAUGUAAUUUAAGAACAAAUAUACAAACUGUAAAUGUGAAAAUAAUCUCAGAUGAGUAAAGGUUAAAAAACGUG